AGAACGAGUAGGAGCGUCCUGUUAGUACUCGUCAAUAUAUAUAAAAUAUCUCAACGCUUUGAACAGAGAGACUGCCCUCGUGUCGAUAUCGUUAUCUUCCAAGGAGUGACGCAUAGUAAGAUUGAAUGUUUUAUCUCCUAAUUUGUGUCCAGUAUUAUUAAUACUGUUAUUUGUGCCGGACAUCUUACCCCUUAGUUCCACCAAACAGCUGAGUUGCAGCAACUGAAACAACUGCCAUCUAUUGGGCCUGUCAGCAGUGCUCGCCGUGGCUGCUUCGUACAUUUGGAUGUUGAACGUUAUGAGUACCGUAGUCCAGUUUAGUCUGGUAGACAACAGUCAGCAAGUUGAGACCGUCAAGGAACAAAUGCCGCAUUUAAACUUGUCCGAUGAAACUCUUCUGUCAGUGUACUAUUUUAUAAGGGAAUUUAUUGGCUCAUCAACAGGAUCUAGCACUGUAGCCAUAGACAGUAAGAUCGAACAAGCCAUGGACCUUGUGAAGAGUCACUUGAUGUUUGCUGUGAGAGAAGAAGUAGAUGUACUGAAAGAGAAGAUUGGAGAACUUCUGGAAAAGAUUUCCCAACUUGAAUAUGAAAAUGGAAUAUUAAAAGCUAAUGCUUCUCAAGAAACUCUAAGUAAACUCUCCCAGCCUGGUUCUAAUGUUACCUCUAAGUCUCACCAUGCUUUAACAUCCAGUGUAGGAGUUACACCUCACCAACAGGCUUCUCUACCAGUUCACCCACAACAUCAGAGUUCUUCCACAUAACUUGUACUUAAACAUGGACAGACAGUUCUUGUUUGUAAAUAUCAAUGAAAGGUAUUUAAUGUAAAUGUACAGGAUAUGUUGUUGAGACACUUAUUUGUUAGGAAACAGCUCCGUAAGGAGGCAGAAUAUGGUGAACAGAUACAGUCAGAUGGAAAAGACAAAAAAAAAAUUGUUCUGCAGAAACCCAGUCAUUGGGAUUACUUAUAGCUGGCUAUUUAAAUAUGUUAUGAAAACAUGUUGUUUCUUACUAUCACAUCCCAGAAUAUCUAGUGUUUUCAAUUUUUUGGAAGCAGGAAAAGUCUUUUGUUUCAAAUUUCCAAAUCAGUCAAGUUUUUUUUUUUCUAAAAGACACACUAAUUUCUAAUUAGUACUCCUUUCUAAAUUAUUUUAUAAAGUAUAACUGAUCAUCCAGUUAAUCUUAUAAUUUCACAACUACGUGUACCUGGACUUAGUCAAGUUUUAGUUGAACUAGGUUUUCUCAUUAAAAUGUUAUGAAAUUUGAUAAUUUAGAGAAACAGGUAUUCUGAAAUACAUUCUGAAGUCAUAAAUGAUGUUUUAAAAAUAAAAUAGAGGAGGGAACCUUGAUUUCACUAAACUUUCAUAUAGAUAUUUAAUUAUUGUAGGUGUAACUUCACAAAAAAUGUGGGUAAAAUCCAACCUGAGAGAAAACUUUUAUAAAGUUAAACAUAUUUUAGUGAAAUAAAAAAUCAAUUAAAAAUACCAGUAUUUUAAACUUUCCUCUUUCUGUUGGCAAGCCGAUCUCUCAGUCUCAUAUAUUCAUAUUUUAUCUUUUCGUCAAAUCCUUGUUGUAUUCCAUUUAACCCUUCAUCUCUAUUAUUCAAAAUGUAUCUUAGCAGUUCAGUUAUUCAACAUCUGGAACGAUUUAAAGAUAGGCCAAUUUAGUAUAUAUAAUCAGCAAAAAAGUUUUAAAAGUUGGUGCCUAUCAUAAACCAAGUUUUUUUUGUGGUUAUGAGCUCUUAUUGAUACUUUCCUACAGCAUAUAGAUUAAAUCUUGUAAAAGUUCUUGGGAACAUAUGCUGACAGGAUUAUAACUGAUUAUUCCAUAUAAUGUGAAGUAAAUAAUUUGUAUUUGAAUUUAACAGCUGUUUUAUUGAUAGUAAUAUCAGUAAAAUGUUGAACAAGCUGUUUACCCCAAAAUCUUAGUUUGAGGUGCUUAAUAAACCAACAGUAUUAUAUUUGUACAAAAAUAAUCAUAAUAUGUUAAAAAGAAGUUUCAGACCUCUGCAGAACUUGUUCACAUAUAUAAGUCACAUUUAUGUUCAAAUCUUUUAUAUCUGUCCACAUAUAUUAUUCACAUUUGUGUUCAAAUCCUUUAUAUCUGUCCACAUAUAUUAUUCACACUUGUGUUCAAAUCUUUUAUAUCUGUCCACAUAUAUUAUUCACAUUUGUGUUCAAAUCCUUUAUAUCUGUCCACAUAUAUUAUUCACACUUGUGUUCAAAUCUUUUAUAUCUGUCCACAUAUAUUAUUCAUAUUUGUGUUCAAAUCCUUUAUAUCUGUCCACAUAUAUUAGUCACAUUUGUGUUCAAAUCCUACAUAAGAAUAAGAAAUUUAUUCAUUUUAAGGAUAUCAUUCUUAAGAAUAAAUUGUAAUUUGUCAUCUAUAAAUUAACAUGUCCUUGCUCUGCCAAAAGUAUUUUAUGGUUUUACCACUACAUGGUUGUCUUCUAGUAUAAAACACUUGUAGUAAAACUGAGAAAUUAUCAAACAUUGUAUGGCAUGUUAGGACAAAAUGUGAUGUAACUUUCAAAACUGGCAUGUUUGUAUGGCUGAUCUGAAGAUGAAGAGCAAUUAAGAAAUUGUGACAAUUUGGUGAUUGGAAACUGAAGCUGAUGAUUAGUCACCAGAACAUGGUGGUACUGCUUUUCGUCAAACUGUGGCCCUUUUCCCAAUUUUGAAUCUCUAAAGCUCUUAAGUUUCAUCAAAUCUGCAGCUGCCAAAGAGUUUUCUGUUUCAUUGCUUGAACUUUUUAUUCCACAAAUUUAUCUACUGUUUAAUUCUAAACUCUUAAAACAGUUUUGAUACAUAGCUUUAUAGUUUUUAAUUUUUUGAUAUGUAUCUUUUCACUUGGUAAUUUCUUUGUCUCCCUUGAUAUAUGUCAUGUUUUUUACUCCUGACUCUUCUCUUCUAUAAGUACAUAUUCUCAUAAAACAGAUUAAGAAUUCUUCCUGCCAGUUUGCUAAUAUUCAGUCUUUUCUCUAACUGACAGCUUCAAAAGAUAAUAUUUUGUCCUUUUUGUAAUUAACUCAUUAGACCAAUAUGGGGUACUCUGCAUUGAUAUUGCUUCAGUUUUAUAAAAGAAAUGUUUUUUUAGAACCAAAUGGUCAUGUGUAUUUUUAGAAGUUGCAAUUUUGACUUUUAAAAUUUUAGCCUUUGCUGCUAUAUAUUUAGCACUUUGAGGUAAUUUAUGUGGUCCCUUAUAAAGUAAUGUCCUAAAAUACUUGUAAGCUUUUGCUGUUUGGUAGUGUAGCAACAGAUGUACUUUUGAAUGGCAAACAGAUGAAGCACAAGUUAAAAGAUGUGCUAGUGUUAGUUCAGAUUUGUCUUGAAUUUUGGGGUUGGUGAAAAUCCGAAUAGCAUUAGCAAGAUACAUUGAUUUUUUCAAAAAUUUCUUUUAUAUUUUUGAUAAUGACAAUAAUCAUGCAUUUGUAAUAUUUUGAAUUACUCAGGAUAAAAAUGGGAAAUCACUUAUAGUGAAAACAGAGAGAGAAAGUGGCAAUCUAGCAAGCUCCACUGAGAAGUAAGUCUGAAGGGCUACCAUGUUAUUUAUGGUAGUUCAGUGAUCUAACCAAUCAUGCAGGAUAUGUAAACACUUGAUAGAUACAUACAAAAAACAUGAAGUAUUUAUAUUGGAACAUAUUCUGUUAAAUUGAUUAUAGAUUUAGAACAUAUUGACUUCUUUGUUAAUGUACUAUACUUUUAUAUUUUUCUGAAGGAAAAUUAUAUGUUUGCUAUGAGCAUAAUGUGAAAUGUAAAAAUAUUUCUUGAUUUAAAAUGAAGAGUUGUUACUCAUAUUCCUUAUUAUUUAUGCAGCAACUGAAAUGGAUUAAGAGUGUAUGUUUAUUUAUACUUAAUCCAUGUUUGUGUUCUGUAGGACACUGGUAUGUUAGGUUUUAUUGUUCUUGUUAUCAGUUUUAUUUCUUUUUAUUUUAAAGAAAAAGUUCUGGUAUUAUUUAUUUGUA